UCCAAGCACAAAGAACAACGUCAAUUCCGGGUUAUUUCCGGAAUCGAAUUUUUGUUAAAUUUUCCAUUAUCGAACAUGCAAAAUUGGCAAAUGUGACAGCAACAUUUGGAACGGUUCGUAUAAAGCAUAUUAACACUGUGCCAUAUGUUUAAACAGGAGCGGUGUUUUUAGACAACGUAAAAAAACGUAGCGAGCAUAUGCUAAUGUGGAAGUAUGUGCCUGCUCUCUAGGAGCGAUGGAGAGGCUAAUAUCCAAAGUGACAGAGAAACAUGUUCUCUUCACGGUUUCUUUCGCUAUACGUCUUGCUUUGGUCGCUUAUGGAGAUUUCCACGACAGAACGAUGGUAGUCAAGUACACUGACAUCGACUAUCAUGUGUUCACGGAUGCUGCGAGGUUCACUACGAAGGGCGAGUCCCCGUACAACAGGUCAACCUACCGAUACACACCUCUACUGGCAUGGCUGCUCACUCCGAACAUUUAUAUCCACGUGGUGUUUGGCAAGCUCCUUUUCAUCCUAUGUGACGUGCUGUCCGGACUGCUGAUCUACAGAAUCCUAUGCCUACGGGGUCUUGGCUUUGAGACGGCACGGCGGGUUUGUUCGCUGUGGCUCCUCAACCCCCUGCCGAUGGGAGUAUCCAGCCGAGGGAAUGCUGAGUCCAUCUUGGCCGCUCUGGUGCUGGGGACACUACUUUGUAUAGAGGGCCGACGCAUGACGUGGGCAGCGCUGCUCUACGGCCUGUCUGUUCAUAUGAAGAUCUACCCCAUCACCUAUGCUCUGCCCAUUGUUCUGACUCUUCGCACACCACAGAUCAGAAGAGAGGAAGAGCAAAAAAUGUGGAGGAACAUCGUUGGCUUCUUGGGAAGUUUCUUCAACAGGGAGUUGUUCCAUUUCGCAAGUGUGGCCGGAGGUCUUUUUUGUGCCCUCACAGCACUUUUCUAUCACAUGUAUGGUUGGACAUUCCUUCAUGAGACUUACUUGUAUCAUCUAACUAGAAGAGACAUUCGACAUAACUUCUCUCCAUACUUCUACAUGCUCUACCUUACUGCAGACAGCAGCUGGAGCCAGUGGCUUGGGCUGGUGGCGUUCCUUCCACAGUUGAUCCUCCUGUUGGUCACGUCGUGGGCUUUUCACCGUGACCUGGCCUUUUGCUGUUUCCUACACACCGCCAUCUUUGUCACUUUCAACAAAGUCUGCACAUCACAGUACUUCCUGUGGUACCUGAGUUUACUUCCUCUGGUCAUCCCUCAUUUGAGUCUUUCACUGAAACAAGGAGUGGGACUGCUGCUCCUCUGGUUUGCUGGACAGGCUGUGUGGUUGGUCCCAGCUUACUACCUGGAGUUUGAGGGCUACAACUCCUUUCUGUUCAUCUGGCUUGCCGGACUGCUCUUUUUGAUUGUUAACUGCUUCAUCUUGAUACAGCUCAUCGUGCAUUACGAACCAAAACUGACAGCAAAGAGACCCAAGUUUGAUUAACCCCGCCAUCUGCAGGAAUGUGCAAGAACUUUUCACUGUGAUUGGAGCGUCAGUAUGAAGACUGAUACCAUUUCUUGUUUGGAUUUUGUUUUUUUUAUUUACAUUUUUUUUAACUGCUUAUUUUCUCAUCUAAAUUAUGGUUUUUCAGAAAAUAUUAGAAAUUGUAUACGCACCCCGGAAUGUUCGGCAGGCAUUCACAGGCCAGGGCACAUAUAGACAACCAUUCACAUUCUCAACUUUUAUUAUAAUUAACAUUGAUUGUAAUGUACAGGCGGCACGGUGGCCGACUGGUUAGAGCGUCAGCCUCACAGUUCUGAGGACCCGGGUUCAAUCCCCGGCCCCGCCUGUGUGGAGUUUGCAUGUUCUCCCCGUGCCUGCGUGGGUUUUCUCCGGGCACUCCGGUUUCCUCCCACAUCCCAAAAACAUGCAUUAAUUGGAGACUCUAAAUUGCCCGUAGGCAUGGCUGUGAGUGCGAAUGGUUGUUUGUUUCGAUGUGCCCUGCGAUUGGCUGGCAACCAGUUCAGGGUGUACCCCGCCUCCUGCCCGAUGACAGCUGGGAUAGGCUCCAGCACGCCCGCGACCCUAGUGAGGAGAAGCGGCUCGGAAAAUGGAUGGAUGGAUGGAUGUAAUGUACAGUACUCUUGACUCAAUUAAGCUGGGCCUUUCCAGUAAACUCCUUUAAUUGUAUUGCAAUGUUCUAUUGAAAGGGUUCCACCAAACCUUGAACUGUCUGAGAACUUAACAUUCAGUUGGACAUAUCCCAUGGUAAUAUUAUUUUAGGGUCAUUAAUGCUAAUAAACUUAAUGAAGAACAUUUUGUUCUGUCAUGGGAAAACUGCA